GAUGACGCAUACUAUUUUAUUGAUUCAAUCAAGUGCAAAAGUGGACUCGAGAACAUGGAGCGAUUAUGAAACUUUGACAGACUGCAUGGAAGCAGUUUGCAAAAUUUAUGAGGAACAUCUUAAAAAAUUAAAUCCAGAUUUGCCAUGCAUUCAAUACGACAUCUCGGACCUUUUCAAAUUUAUUGAUCGUUUGGCUGAUUUGUGCUGUCUGGUUUUGGAUAAAAAUGUUUAUGUGCCUAAGGUUUGUUUGAGCUUUUACGGGAUAGUUUUGGGGGAUUUUGGGUUGUUUUUUAGGAAAAUAGGACGGGGAAGUUGA